GGGUGACUCAUCACAACAGGAAGCAGGAAGUGCCCGGAUCUCGGCUCGUAUAUCUGUCGCAGGACCCUGUGUGUCAGAGCAAAACAACGAGUGUCAGUAUGGCAGGCAGGCUCUCUCUCCAGGAGGUGGACCUCUCCUGUUCCAUAUGCUGCGAGAUCUUCCGGGACCCCGUGGUCCUCAAGUGCAGCCACAGCUUCUGUGCACCCUGUCUGCAGCGGUACUGGACCCAAGGGCCACGGAGGCGCGACUGCCCCCUGUGCCGGAGCCAGAGUGUGGAUGAGCCCGUGCCCAGUCUCACCCUGAAGAACCUGUGCGAGGCCUACAUCCAGGAGGGCGAGGGGCCGGAGGACCCCGCGGGGGAGCUGUACUGCGAUCCGGGGGAGAUGUGCCCUCUGCACGGCGAGAGGCUUAAGCUCUACUGCGUGCCGGACGAGGAGCCCAUCUGUGUGGUCUGCCACACCUCAAGGAAGCACAAACAGCACGACUGUUGCCCCGUCAGCGAGGCCAUCGUGGAUGUGAAGGAGAAGAUGAAGUCUGCCCUCGGCUCAAUGCAGGAGAAGAGGGAUGCUUUUGACAAAAUGAAGAAGAACUAUGAGGACGCUGUGGAAUGCAUUCAGGUCCAGGCUCGCUUCGUGGAGAGACGGACCCGGGAGGAGUUCGAAAAGCUUCACGGCUUCCUCGACGCCGAGGAGGAAGCCAGGAUGGAGGCGCUGAGGAGGGAGGAGGAGCAGAAGAGUCGAGCGGUGAGGCAGAAGAUCGAAGAAAUAGUCGGAAAUAUAACGUCCGUGUCCGAAUCCAUCCGAGUUUUAGAGGAGGAGAUGGCUCUGCAGGGCAUCUCUGUCCUCCAUAAAUGCAAGGCGACAUUGGCAAGGGCUAACAGCCCAAUCGAAGAUCCAGUCAUGCCCCCCGGAGCGCUCCUCGACGUGGCCAGUCAUCUGGGGUCCCUGAACUUCCACGUGUGGGAGAAGAUGCACAAAACCGUCAAAUUCACUCCGGUGACUCUGGACCCGAACACCGCCGCCCCGUGGCUCAUCCUGUCGGAGGACCUCGCCAGCGUCUGUGACAGUGACGAAAAGCAGAAGAUGCCGGACAACCCGGAGAGGUUUGACCCCGACACGGGGGUGCUGGGCCGCGAGAGCUUCACCUCGGGCAAGCACGCCUGGGUCGUCAACGUGGGCGACAACACGGCGUGGGUCGUGGGCGUGGCCAAAGAAUCCGUCCAGAGGAAAGAGAAAGUGUCUUCGGUGCUGAAGAACGGCUACCUGAGUGUGUACUUUUACCACAAGAUGUACUUUGCGGGCACCUCUCCCUUGACGAGGCUCAACCUGAAGAGGAACCCGCAGAAGGUCCGAGUGCAGCUGGACUGUGACAAGGGCCGGGUGUCUUUCUACGACGACGACACGCACAUCUACACCUUCAAGCAUGUCCUCAGCGAGAGAGUCUUCCCGUACUUCUGGGUUGGUUGUCAACAGUGUCCUUUGACGCUGGAGCCGCUGGAGGUUUCUCUGAAGGCUGUGGAAUAUUUCUGAUUUUCCACUUGACAAUUUGUCUUCUCAGCACAAAAGGAAGAGGAAUUCUUUUUAUUUUAUUUUCACACAGUAUGAGGGGAACAUUCAGAAAUGCCAAAUUGCAUAAUUUCAGCACUUUCUUUUUCCCAGUCCAAUGAAAUAUCUUUUACGACCAGCAUGUGUCUUAUAUAACCAUGAAUCACGAAUCCACAAUUUGAUCUCUGCACUUUAAACUUCUAUUUUAAAGAAAGAGUCCUUUUUGCAAAAUAGCCUAAGUGUUUGUGUGUGUUUUUUUUUUAAGUAACCAGAAGUGUGGCUGUGGUUUAAUUAAUCGAAGUUUGUUACAUGAUUCUGAAUUUGCAUGUCAAACCUUGAAUUUUGUUUACAGCGUUGGAUAUAUUGCAAACACUAAAUAUGCUUUAUGUGCAAAUACUACAAUGAAAAUACUAAACUACAAAUAAAUAAUUUGCUAAUAUCAAUA